AUGAUCCCUCAAGAUGCUUUGUACCUAUAUAACCUCACGCUAAAACAGCCUUCACUGCCGUACAAAUCCAUAGUCGGCCAGUUCUCCGGGUCUAAGAAACAACAGGAACUUGUGCUAGUAUCCACCACCGUUAUAGAAGUAUACCAACCAAAGCCUGACACUGGAAAGCUACAUAAGCUCUCGCUGCAACCUACUUUUGGAAUUGUUCAGAAUGCUGAUAAGCUAAGACUUAUAGGUACUCAACAAGAUGUCCUUGUGCUUACAGCAGAUUCAGGUAACAUCAUUGUCGCGUACUAUAAUGAAGAAACCAGCAAGUUUGAGCCUCGAAUUCAAGAACCACAUUCAAAAAACGGUCUUCGACGUAUUACACCUGGUGAAUAUCUCGCAGUUAAUCCUCAGAACAGUGCUCUUAUGAUAGGUGCGUUGGAAAGAACGAAAUUCAUGUACAAAGUGGAAAUGGGUAAUGACAGCGGCAAAAUCAAGCUUUCUUCGCCCUUAGAAUGCCAGAGCUCGGGAAUUCUUACGCUAGACCUAUGUGCACUUGAUACCAGCUAUGAAAACCCUCUCUGGGCUGCAAUUGAAGUGGAUUACAACGACUAUGAAACAAAAACUUACAACCCUGGCGAAAGCCCAUUGCAACUAAGAUACUACGAAUUUGACCAAGGACUUAAUCAUAUUGUACAAAGAAAGAGCAAAUCACUCCUUCCAUCGCAUGCGACCAGUCUUGUCGCUUUACCUGGUCAUAUUGGAGGAGUUUUGGUUUUAUGUGAGUCCUAUUGCAUAUACGAAAAAGGUCCUGGCCAUGACCGAGUAUACCUUCCUUUGCCUAUUAGGAAGGGUUCAAGCACCACUAAAAUUAUUUGCCAUUAUUUGCAUGUCCUUAAGAAAAGAGACUUUUUCAUUCUUUUACAAAGUUCCUUGGGAGAUCUCUUCAAGGUAACAUUUGACUUCAACAAAGAAACCGAAGAAAUAAACCAAAUAACUUCCACCUACUUUGAUUCUAUCCCGGUUUGUAACAGUAUAAGCAUUUUAAAGUCGGGAUUUUUGUUUUCAAACGUUGCCAAUGACAGCAAGCUCUUCUACCAGUUUGAGAAAUUGGGCUCAGAGAAUGAGUCUACUAUGACUUCCAUUACGGAAGUACCUAAAAUUCAAGAUUCUUAUCAGUUUGCGCCGCAAGGGCUAGAAAACUUGGCUUUGGUCGAUAUCCUAGAGUCACUUGGGCCGGUGACAGGGUCUGAAGUAAUGCAAACGCAAACUAAAGGUCAUAGUGAUGCAGCAACUCUGUUAGCUACACUCUCAUCACACUCGUACUUAAAGUCCUUGACUUACGGAAUACCCGUGUCUGAACUUGUUUCGUCUCCCUUGCCUAUUACGCCAACGCUGAUUCUUACAACAAAACAACUAAGCACCUCAAAAAGUGAUGACUAUUUGGUACUUUCCUCGACUCUUAAUUCGCAAACCUUGGUCUUAUCUAUCGGAGAAGUGGUCGAGGAAGUUAGCGAGUCUGGCUUUGUCACAGACCAGAACACAAUUACAGUUCAGCAGGUUGGAAAACAAUCAAUUGUUCAAAUUCACACGAAUGGAAUUCGUCACAUUAGACAUAUACUUGAUGAGAGUGGCGAAAUAAUAGACAAAAAGACCACAGAUUGGUUACCGCCAGCAGGAAUCAACAUUGUCCAUGCAAGUGCCAACGAGGCUCAGGUUCUUGUUGGCCUUUCGAACCGUGAACUUUGCUACUUUGAGAUUGACCCAUCAGAUGAUCAGCUUGGGGAGUACCAAGAGCGGCACGAAAUUGGGUCGGACCUCAUCACGGCCGUCGCCAUACUGACAGGCUCAUCAACUAUGAAGAGUGACUUUGCAGUCAUAGGCUGUGCCGAUGAAACGAUACAAGUGAUAUCUCUUCAUCCUAAUAGCGUCUUUGAAAUGCUCACUUUACAGGCGCUUUCGUCCAAGUGUACGUCGUUACUCAUGCUCCCAUUAGACAACAAUAGCGCCCAUAUCCAUAUUGGUAUGGAGAGCGGUGUUUACGCUCGAGUACAAAUGGAUACUAUGACUGGUAAAUUGAGAGAUACUCGUCUGAAGUACAUGGGUACUAAACCGGUCACCUUGAGCAAAUUGAAUUUGCCUACAUUGGACUUGCCAGGAAUCAUGGCUAUUAGUUCUCGUCCGUGGAUCGGAUACCAGAAUGUCGAAGGCCAAUUUAAGCUCAUGCCGCUAAUUGGGAGCGUUGUCACCAGUGGACUGUCUUUCUACUCUGAGGACAUAGGUACAGAGAGUGUUGUCGGUAUUUCUGGAAACAACUUAAUCAUCUUCACCAUUGGUAGCGAAGAGACCGGAUUUAACGUAAACGACGAAUUUUCAAUGAGCCUGGUAAAGCUUCGUUUCCAGCCAAGAAAGCACCUCAAAGACACGAAGACUAAUAACAUAAUAGUUCUUGAAUCGGAAGCAGAUACUAUUUCUCCUUACACGGCUCUGGAGGAAGAAGUCGAUGAAGACUAUUAUCAAGCAUUUGGGUUCCAAAGAUCUGUUGGAUCAUGGGCAUCGUGUAUCCAAGUAGUCAACUACGACAAUGAGGAAAUUAGUCAAACCAUUCCCUUUGACAAUAAUGAGUGUUUUACCGCUAUGUGCCUCGCAUCCUUUAAUGAUGAAGAGUACAUCAUGGCUGCCUCUUCAUCCUCAACUACAAAGAAUAAGCCUUCGCAUACGCUUCAUGUUUUCAAACUCAAGCGAGGAAAAGACAAAUCUCUACAGUUGAAUUUUGUUCAUAAAACAGAAGUUGACGGGCCAAUAUCUGCAAUGGCAAACUUUCAGGAAAGACUUCUUGUCGGAAUUGGCAAUACGCUCAGACUUUACGACUUGGGUCAAAAACAAAUGCUCAGGAAAUCUUUUACUGGGAUAGACUUCCUUCGCAGACCAACACAGAUGAGAUAUCUCGGAGGAGACUUGGUAGUCGUUAGUGAUUCGAGCGAGUCAAUCUCUUACUUUAAGUUUGAUGCUUCAGCGAACCAAUUCAUCCUGCUUUGCAAUGAUAUGAUGAGAAGACAAGUAACAGCUUUUGAGAUGCUUGACUUUAGGACAGUUGUCGGAGGUGACAAAUUUGGAAACAUUUUUGUUAGCCGUCUUCCGGACGAACUUCUGAAUCAACUUAGCAACAAUGCCUUGCUUCAGUUCGAUGAAGACUUGCUUGACGCCCCCAGUACCAGGCUCGAGAAAAUCUGUGAAUUUUAUAUCGCCGACGUACCCACUUCCUUUUCAAAAGGAACAUUCGUGGUUGGCGGAACAGAGGGAAUAGUCUACACUGGGCUUCAAGGCUCGGUCGGUUUGCUUAUACCGGUAGCUACCAAGCUGGAAGCGGAGCUCUUGAGUAGCUUGGAAGUCGAGCUAAGAUCGUAUUUCUCGCCUGAAUUUGAUGAUUUCGAUAAAACGAAACAGGGCUUUAAUUUAUUGGGGAAGGAUCAAUGGAAGUUUAGAUCUUACUUCAAUCCCUCCAAGAAUACGAUUGACGGCGACUUUGCCGAGCGUUUCUAUGAGGUUCCACUCGCCCAGCGAAUUAGGAUCGCUGAGAAAUUAGGACGGACACCAAGGGAGAUAGAGAAGAAACUCUAUGAUAUUAGAAAUAGAUCUGCUUUUUAA